CAAGCGACUUUUGGUUUCAGUUCAUGUCUGAUUUUGGAUUUCAAGUAACCCUUCAAAAAUGACAAAGUCGAUUCUGUUAACCUUGGCCCUUUUGUCUGUGGUCCUGACCACAGUUCACUCCCAAACUUGCAAUCCAGUUAUGGACUGCACGGGCUCGACGCAAUGUGCUACUUCAGGGGGCAGUAUGUCCUGUCGGUGCUCGUACCUUAAGUGCAAAGAUUUUGGAACUGAAAGGUGUGGCGGAGGUUGCUUGACGGACACGCAGUGUGCUCAAUGGGCUGGUGGCGACAAUACCUGCGUCUGUUCCUGGGCGUUUGAGUGUGAACGAGCAUCCAUGCGACACGAGCCUGGUUAUGAAACGUAUGUUAAGCUCAUGAUGGCCAUCAAAAAGGACAGGAUCGCGGAACGUCUCGCCAUGAUAACGAAGGAAAUGAAGGAGCAAGAGGACGCCUUGGAUGAGAGAUUGAGACUCUUGUAAUUAAUUACAAUUCUUGUAUCCGGUUGACUUUAAUUCUUGGUCGUAUAAUUUCCACAAAUUAAAAAAAACACAAGCAGUGAUUGGUUGAAUGAAAUAGAUUAUUUCGUGAAAUUUUUGCAUUAAAAAGAUAAUUGUAAAUAAAUAAUUUGACUCGCUUUUAUUUCAUCG